UGCUGGUGGAAAAUGGAUCACUCGUGAGGCGUUCUUAUUCUGUUCUGUCCUGCGUUUUCUGUUGCUUUUUCAGCAAAAUUUGGGAAGUCCCAAAGUGCAUUCGGUGUCAGUACCCGAUUGCCGUGGAAUCAGGUAUUUCUCAUGACAGCUAAUUUGCUCUAUUUUGGCCUGGUAUCUCAAAGCUUCUACCCUUCAUUGGCUUCCUGAGCGUCAUCUGGAGUCUGUGUGAUGGGAACCCACGCGGGUAGUCGAAAAUUGCACCGCUAUGGCAUUUCUUCAGAGCCCAAGUUGCGUCUCCUAUGACCGUGUUGAGCAUCGUCUGAGAAUGCUGUGCUCUAUAACAAGCAGCCCUGGCAGUGAAUGGGCUUUUUAACAACUUUCGGGUCGUGGCAGUCUGAUUUCCGAUUCCUCACAGCCCUCUGACUCUAUUAGCGAUGCUGCAGGUCCUCCUGAGUCUCUCGACGGUAUCGUGCGCGCUAUACCACGGUCCCAAUAUGGACAGUCAUUUCUCUGUUCGGCUGUCUAUCAAUGAGACACCAAGUCCUUGCUUCGUUGGGAAGACGAUUUUGAGAAAGCAAGCUGAUCUGAACGUGCAGGCAGUGAGCAUGGCGGUGCACAGGAUAACAAGCUAGCUUCUCGCAUUCCUCCAUACGAUAUUCCCCCACGAUUUCGACAAGACUGUAUACAGAGUGGUCGUCGGUCGAACCCCGUUCUAGACCAAACACACGUCUGAGGAACAGCGCAAGGACCCCGACGAAUUCUCACAAUGCGCCAUGGUACAGAUGAGCCUUUUCCUGACCAGGGCAAAAAGAAAGACACAAAACAUAGUCAGCGCUGCUUUCCUACCCGCUCUUUUUGCACUCAACCCCACCGGUCUCGUAUACACCGAAGUUUGGAAGUGAGUACCACACCCUUGCCACUGAGGAUAGGUGGCCGGGGCAUGUAUUGCUUUCACAUGAGCGAUCCGAACAAUAUCUAGGAAGAUGAGAUUUGUCCCGGACGCUUACCUAGGCCAUGUCAGCCUGGCCGUCAUGUUCCCGUUUUCUGCCCUGGGAAACUCUCGGGGCAUGAUUGUCCCGACCUCGAAUCCCGGCGGCAGGACUAGGUGUGUGGGAAAUGUCGUCACGACUUGUUGUAAGGCGCAGGCAGAAUCAAAGUAUCAGUGAAGCAGGUAGGUACCUAAAGACAUGUUCCAAUUUAAGCCUGCCGAUGAGAUUGAUUUUCGCUGGUGCCUUUGUCCCUUAUUGUCCCUAUUGCCAACACGAUGGCCGCGGUCGUUGACUCCAAUGUUGUUGGCGCACUUUUGUUUUAUCUGUACAUGGUUGCAGCCAUCCUCUUGACAGGGCUGAUAGCACUUGACUUGCUAAGGGCAUAUCGACAGCUUCAGCACGCCACGCUUGUUGGGCGUGGACAAUCUCGGAACUCCACAAUUCUUGUGUUGAUGGGGUUGGCCGUACUGAGCUUUUGCAGCCUUUCUUACCACAUGCUGGAUUUUCUUAUUCAAUCGUAUCGAAGCUGGGCUCUGUCGCAUAUUGUCGUCUCGAGGCGAGAUCAGCCAGUCCGGUACGCAACCCCUAAAGACUGGGCAGAUAUGAUGGCCCUGCGCGUGUGGAAUUGGUCGGUGGAGUCAAACCUGUUCCAGGACUUCGGCGAGGCGAUCUGUAACGGCCCACAGCGGUUUUGGUGGACAGAGUUGGCCUUGCUGUAUUCGUAUGGCUGGAAUCUUUACACUUGAGCGACCAAGGUACUGUACAUGACAUUGCAUUGGUCACCAUUUCGGACUUUUCCUUUUCAUGGUUGCACCCGAAACUCACCGUCUGUGGUACAGGUGUUCGCCAUCGGAUUCCACGGCUUUGGGCAUUUUUUGUGCUGGACCAGAUUCUCCCAGUUUCGUUCGCGCAAAAUCUGUUUCUUCUCUCGGUCCUGCUUCGGGCUGGGAAACAUUCCGACCAGUCGCCGCGGAAUUUGAGGCCGACAGGUCCGUGGAUUUGCAUCACAUUGACAGUGGCGUACCGUGGGAUCUUCAGCCUUGCCCCCAAGACUGUCGGUACCGGAUAUUUCUGGCUUGUGCUGCUGGGCACCCGAAUCAUUCUUUUUGCCCCUUAUCUAAUUCGACCACCUGCAUCCUUGCAGAGUACCACCGUGUCAGCCCGGACGACCCACCCUGCACUUGGGUCUGACUCCGGUGUUGGUCUCUACACGGUGCCAUACAUAUCCCUCACCUUGAGCUGGCUAGCCAUGCAGGUGGUGGCGUUUUGCGGUCGAGAGUUGCCAGUCCGGGAGAUUUUGGCGGCCGUGAACUCAAACCCGGCAAUAAGCGCCCUUGGCUGGGACGUCAUAAUCGGAAUUGUCAGCCUCGUCAUCUACCACAGACUAUGACCAGUAUCGACCAAGGCUGUAUCUUCCGGACUCUGCGCAGAAUGACACAGGUCAUCUACCCCUAGCAGUAGCAGAAGCAAGAGCCCAUCACUACAUUAGCUUUUGUUUGCUGGCGGCUAGCAGCGGUUUUUAAAUUCCGGUGCAUCUGAGCGAAUGGCUUGUUGUUCUCAAAGGGUCUCCUUUUAACCUCGCCACCAUGGGGGUUGGACCCGGGAGCUGUUUCCGCCUGAGGUGUUUUCCUUUUUCUUUUUGUUUUUCUUUCGGUUAUGUCUGCCGCGGCGCCCGAAGGCGCUGGAAAUAAUUACCGGGCGGCCUUGGUUGGAGGAAAAAUAUUGUUUUGAAUUAGAAUAACAAUAAUAUCAACAAUCAAAGCAGCCACUGCAGUACGCCUGAUGGUUGUGAUGGGCGCCUGUCCCUGU